AGCGACCUCACCAGACCGGAACUAUGAUAAAAAUAUUCAACAGUGUGAGCAAUUGAGCAGAAACCACGAAAAUCAAACUCACUCGAUGGCAAAAUCGGAGAAUUCAAAGACGAACAAUAACAAUCUGAAGCAAUUCCCUAAUUCAUCCGCCAAAGUCCAUCCGGCGAACGAUUCCGAUGCCGAUCCUAAUUCCUAUUCUCUCGAAAAGUUUCGCCUCUACGAAACCAGACAGAGACUUUAUUUGAUCGGUAGUGAUCGUAACAAGAAAUUAUUCCGGGUGUUAAAGAUUGAUCGUUCAGAACCUUCUGAUCUCAAUAUUAGUGAAGAUCCAGUUGUUUAUUCGCCACAAGAAAUCAAGAGUUUGCUUCAACGAAUAGGUGAAGGCAACCGUGCCACAGGAGGAUUAAACUUCGUGGCAAAGGUUUACGGAAUUGCUGGAUGCAUCAAGUUUUUGGAGUCGUACUACUUGAUUCUAGUUACAAAGCGUCGGCAAAUAGGAUGUAUAUGUGGUCAUGCAAUAUAUAGCAUAGAUGAAAGUCAACUGAUUACGAUUCCGCAUGCAACAAUUCAAACUGAUAUUGCCCAUUCUAAAACUGAAUUAAGGUACAAAAAGCUAUUGUCCAGUGUGGAUUUGACAAAAGACUUCUUCUUCAGUUAUACAUAUCCUAUAAUGCAAAGCUUGCAAAAAAAUGUGUUGUCAAUGGACAAAGAUAGGAUGCCAUGUGACAACAUGUUUGUGUGGAAUGAGUAUCUAACACGAGCUAUUCGAUCAAGAUGUGGCAAUACUAUUUGGACAAUAGCAUUAGUCCAUGGGCAUUUUAAGCAAGCUAGGUUGUCAAUCUUUGGGAGGGACUUCAGUGUUUCUCUGGUUUCUAGACGCUCUCGACAUUUUGCUGGAACCCGUUACUUGAAGAGGGGAGUGAAUGAUUGGGGAAGGGUUGCAAAUGAGGUUGAAACAGAACAAAUAGUUCUUGAUGAAGAAGCUGGAUCAAGCAAGGGGAGAAUGAGUUCAGUAGUGCAGAUGCGUGGAUCAAUUCCCCUUUUCUGGUCACAGGAAGCUUCAAGAUUUAGUCCUAAACCUGAUAUCAUCUUGCAAAGGUACGAUCCCACCUACCAGGCAACCAAAUUGCAUUUUGAGGAUCUGGCAAAGAGAUAUGGCAAUCCAAUAAUUGUUCUCAACUUAAUUAAGACUGUCGAAAAAAGACCAAGAGAGAUGAUGCUCAGGCGUGAAUUUGCAAAUGCUGUUGGGUAUCUGAAUGCCAUACUCUUAGAAGAAAACCAUUUAAAAUUUAUCCAUUGGGACUUCCAUAAGUUUGCAAAAAGCAAGUCUGCCAAUGUUUUGGCUGUUUUAGGUGCUGUGGCAAGUGAAGCACUUGAUUUGACUGGUUUUUACUAUAGUGGUAAACCCAGUGUUGUGAAGAGGAGAACCAACCAAAUUAGUAGAACAAGCACUGGAAGGGAGGCUUCCCUUAGAGAUCUGAGAGCCAGUUCUGGGGAUCUUGCCAGGAUUGGAAGUGUUAGUGAAAGUAUAAGCUCGGCAAUGAUUCGUGACAAAGAGAAUGAUUCUAACCAGCAAAUUAAGCAAAAUAAGAUUGGUGGUGAAGAACCGCGUUUUCAAAGUGGAGUUCUACGUACCAACUGUAUCGACUGCUUAGAUCGGACCAAUGUUGCACAGUAUGCUUAUGGCUUAGCAGCUUUAGGGCGCCAACUCCAUGCAAUGCGUAUGACAGACAUUCCAAAAGUGGAUCCUGACAGUACAAUUGCUGCAGCUCUUAUGGAUAUGUAUCAGAGUAUGGGAGAUGCCCUUGCCCAACAAUAUGGUGGCUCUGCUGCUCAUAACACUGUGUUCCCCGAGAGGCAGGGAAAGUGGAAAGCUACAACUCAAUCUAGAGAAUUUAUUAAGUCAAUCAAGCGCUACUACAGUAAUGCCUAUACAGAUGGUGAAAAGCAAGAUGCAAUAAACUUAUUUUUGGGUUACUUUCGACCACAGGAAGGCAAGCCUGCUCUUUGGGAGUUAGAUACAGACUAUUAUCUUCAUCUUGCUGGGACCAAAGAAGACCUUGAUCCUGAGAUGUGCACUCAGGGAAUUAAUGCUAGCCCUGAAGGUGUUGGAAUGAGUCUUGCACCUAUUCCAGCUUGUAGGGAAGAUUUUUCACGCAUGAAGUUGACAUCGCUUGAAAAAUUGAUUGAGAAGACAUGUGGGGCUAUUAAGAAUGUUAGACUUUGUAGUGAGCCUGAUCAGAGACCAGGUGGUGGUGUAGGAACUUCUGGUGUAGCACCUGAUGCAGCGGAGAUACAGCUCAAAAGCCCAAACUGGCUUUUUGGCCAGAGAAAAUAUGAAGAAAGUGGCACCGGACCCAAGGCUCCUCAACAGGAAAAUGAAAAUGGUGGAGCUCAUAAAGCUAUAACAGUUGAUAGUUACUGCAAUUUGCAUUGGCUUUCUUCUGUUGGUGACAUGGAUGAAGAGGAUAUCUUCCAGAGGUAUCUUGCAAUGACCUCAGUUGAUGAAGCUAGUGGCUGGUAUGGCGGUACACUACUAGGAGAUCAAAAUGAAAACAGUGAGAUAUACAAACAUUAUGCUGAAUUAUGUCAGGGCCCAGCACUGGAACCCUUCCAGCAUGAUGUGGAGAGGGAGGAGCAUUACGCUGAUAUUCUGCGGAUGAACACAAUUGAUGUUGUAGAUGAUGCUGCAAUUGAGGCAGAGAUGGAAGCGGCUCUCAAGGAGUAUGAACUAAUCGGUGCUGAUCUUGGGAUUACACCAAUAUCCUGCAAAUUCUCUGUUGAAAACCCAAUUUUAGAGGGAUCACUAUGGAGAAAAAGGUAAUAAAAGUCUGAACUAAAUUUGUGAAUAGUACAAUUAAAAGUCAUAGAAACAUUGCAUCCUGCAUCAAAGAUAUUUCAAAUUAAUUUUAAAUGGUUUAAGUAUAGUUUCAAGCCAUUGAUGCAUCUAUUGUAUAACUCUAUUUUCAAAGGGAAGCUCCGAUGAUUAUUUCUGUAAAGAACAAAACGGUUUGUGAAUAAUAUGUAAUUUAAGUUUCCAUAAUAUUAUGGAAACCGCAUUAAACUGGCCGAUUUAAA